AUUUUGUGUGGUGUGGCAUGUUUAUUUCGCAGCAGACGCUUCAUAGAAAGCUGUAGAAAGUGGAAUCCUUCUCUCCAGAGACCCGUUUUAAUCGACACACAUUAACUGGACUAAAUUUUUAUCUUCUGAGGUUGAAAUCCCUUUGAGAUAAAGGGUCAGCCAACAUGUUGAUUAACUUGGGUGUGAGGGCUCUUCUCAGCUGGGUUGACAGCCUUAAACUGUGCGAUCGAGAAGUAAUCAUCGAUGACUUAAAAGAUGGGGCAAUCCUACUAAAAGUCGUUAAUAAGCUGAAAAAGGAACCUGUUUCCAGUUUGAGCAGUUCUUUUGAGGAUCGCUUCCAUCUUAUUGCAGAUUUUAUUGAGAGGGAUUGCAAAUUUGGUUCAACCAAAAGCUCUCCUCUAUCCUGGAAGAACAUAAAAGAUGGCGUUAACCUAACAAUAGAAAUUGCAAAGGUGCUUUUGUUGUUGGUAUACCAUGAUAUGAUGAAUGACCGCUGCACUCUUAACACGUUGGACUGUGAUGUUGAGCGGGAGAUAGCAAACCUAACUGCUUCCUAUGUGAUGGAGAGUGAGGGCUGUGUUUAUCUGAACAACGGACUUGACGCCUAUUUAGUAAGAAAACAUUUACCUGUGUCCCGGGAAGUAUUUGAGCGAUCAGCAAUGACAUCUACCUCCAGUGUGUCGUCUCUGUCAGAUGAUGAAUCCCCAAUGUUUUCCCGCAAACAGAAAAUCACAUUUGUGGACAUGCAUACUGUGGCUUCCUCCUCUGUUAGCAAGUCGCCUCUGCAGGAUAUAAUGAACACACCUAAAUUUCAGCUGAGAAAGAUGCAACGACAGAUGAUCAAAGAGAGAGACUUCAGAGAUGGGUUGGAGAGGGAGUUGGCCAGCAAGCUUGCACUAAUUGCACAGAGAGAGUCCCAGAUUAACCAGUUGCAGUACCGCCUGGAUAAGCUAAAAGAAGAGCAAGGGGACCAGGAGCAUACUAUUAGGGAUCAAAUCAGUGAGCUAGAGAACAAGAACAAUGCGUUACAGAUGCGUCUUAAUGAGAUGCUGAAGGAAAACAAAGACUUCAAAAGUACCUCCUUACUUAUGGAGCGUAAAGUGGAUGAACUGACAGAGGAAAAUGGUGUUCUCUCUUCCCAGAUGAGAGGAGUAUGUUCACAGCUGGCUGUCUUUGAGGCAGAAGUUGGCAGGCUGACAGAAACUCAAGCAUCUACUCAGGAGGAAUGGAGAAGCAGAAGAAUCCACCUUGAGUCUGAACUCACUGAAGCUACUGCUAAAAAGGAGCUACUGGCAGAACAAAUCCAGAUCCUUCAGGGAAAGAUUUCCUGUUUGGAGGAUGAAAUUAGCAGGGCCACUAAAGAGGAAGUCGGAGAGAACAUGGGACCUGUGAUUGAGAGGGAAAAGUUUGAGACCGAAAUAAAUGGUUUGAAGACUGAGCUGGAGAGUACAGUUAACUCCCUGAAACAGGCUGAAGUGGAGGUUCAGGCAAAAGCAAAGCAGAUUGCUGAGUAUCAGCAAGAAAUUUCUCAACAGAGGGAUCUCUUGGAGCAGCAGAAAUCCCAAGCUGAAGAAAUGAUACAGGCAAAGGAUGGACUUUUAGAGAAAUUACAAAAGGACAUCACAGAACAGAGAAGAGUCCUCCAGGAAGAGAUCCAGGAUCUCAAACUUCAGCUUGAGCAAGCUGAGCAGCAGAAAAUUGAGCAGAUGACCAGACUGCAGCAGCAGAUUGCUGCUUGCGAAGAAGAGGUUGAAAAACUAAAGGACAUAAAGAAAGAGAAGGAAGACCUUCUCCAACAGACUGACAAAAAGGUUAAAGAGUUUGAGACAAAGUUAUCUGCUGCAAGUUCUCUCUUGGCUGACAAAGAGCAACACAUCAAUAGUCUCAGGGAAGAAGUUGACAAUCUAACAGAUGAAACCAAAAAAUCUAAAAAUGAAAUUCAAGCCAAAGAGGAAAUGCUUGCAAAAUUACUUCUGGAAAAGUCUAAUGAGCAAGAAAUGCUUAAUAAUACAAUCCAGACCAUGACAGUCAAAAUGGAAGAACUAAACUGUAACCUCAAACAGGCAAAGCAGGAAAUUCAACUUAAGCAAGACCUUUUGGCAAAAAACCAACAAGAGAAUGUCCAACAAAAGGAGGCACUUCAACAACAGAUCAUCACCUGUGAAAAGGAGGUUCAGAGGUUAAACAAAGAGAUUCAGGUCAAAAAUGAGCAGCUUGUUGAUCUUAAGAAUGACAGCUCUCGACAGUCUGGGUUGUUGGAAGAAAAGAUUAAAGUUCUCAAAAGCCAACUGGAAAGCCUGAACGAGUCUCUCAGGAAGGCUGAGGAUCAAGUUCAGGCUCAGGAGGUUAUGUUAACAAAGCAGGGGCAGGAAAGUGCUCACCGGACACAGCUACUGCAGCAAAACCUGUCUGCCUCCAAAGAGCAGGUACAGAACAUGAAAGAGGAGAUCAAAAAUAAAGAGGAGCAGAUAAACACAUUGAUCAAACAAAGUUCAGAGCAGUCAGACCAAUUACAUCAAGAGAUUCAUGCUUUAAAGAAUGACAUUGAGACUCUUCGUUCAUCGCUGAGAGCAGCUGGAGAGAAUUUGCAGUCAAAGGAGAAUCUAUUUGCUGAACAACAGCUACAGCACACCCAGGAUAGGGAGGCACUACAAAGACAGAUUAAUGUAUCUCAGGAAGAGGGGGAGAGGCUGAAAAAAGAGAUUCAUGCUAAGGAGGAACAACUAAUUCUGCUAAAGAGCCAGUCCUCAUCACACUCUGAAGACCUACAGAAUGAGAUCCAAACUCUCCAAGAUCAAGUACAAAGUUUGACUGAAUCUCUAAAAACUACAGCUGAGCAGGUACAGGUUAAGGAAACCCUGCUUACUCAGAAAGAAAUGGAGAUUUCUCUAGAAAAAGACAACUUUCAAAACAUAAUGGCAACCACUGAAGAGGAGAUAAGAGGACUGAGGGAGCAGAUCCAAACUCAAGAGGAACAGAUGGUCACACUACAACAUGAGGGAUUCAGUCAAUCUGAGAAGCUACAAGAAGAGAUCAAAUUUCUUCAGCACCAACUAGCAGAUAUGGGCAGAUCUCUCACAAAAGUAGAAGAGCAGGUUCAGACUCAGGCGGCAGCGCUUUCCCAGCAGGAGGAAGAGAUUGCUCAUCAGAAGGACCUUGUUUUGGCUUCCGAGGAAGAGGUGAGGAAGAUGAAAGAGGAGAUCCAAGCCAAAGAGGAACAAAUGACUCUACUGGAGGGCAAGAGCUCAGAGCAGAAGGAGCUUCUAAAUCAAGAGAUCCAAGAUUUAAAGAAACAGGUCGAGAGUCUUGGUUCCUCCCUUAAAGAAACUGAUAAAAACUUGCAGUCCAAGGAGAAUCUCUUUGCUGAACAUCAACUACAACACACCCAGGAUAGGGAGGCAUUACAAACACAGAUUAGAGUAUCACAGGAAGAGGUGGAGAGGCUGAAAACAGAGAUUCAUGCUAAGGGUGAACAAUUACUCCUUCUAAAGACACAGUCCUCAUUGCACUCUGAAGAGCUACAGCAGGAGAUUGUAAGUCUAAAUGAGCAAAUAAAAGCUGUAACCAAUUCUCUUGAACUGGCAAAGGAACAGGUUCGAGCUAAAGAGGAUAUGAUGGCUAAACAGGAGCAAGAGAGCACUAUACAGAUUGAAGCGCUUAAAAAGCACAGCUCCAUGCUUGAGGAGGAGGUUAUUCAUCUGAAGGAGGUGAUCAACACUAAACAAGAUGAGAUACACCUCUUAAAGACAGAAAGCUGCCAGGAGUCACAGGAUUUACAGAAUGAGAUCCAAACUCUCCAAGAUCAAGUACAAAGUUUGACUGAAUCUCUAAAAACUACAGCUGAGCAGGUACAGGCUAAGGAAACCCUGCUUACUCAGAAAGAAAUGGAGAUUUCUCUAGAAAAAGACAACUUUCAAAACAUAAUGGCAACCACUGAAGAGGAGAUAAGAGGACUGAGGGAGCAGAUCCAAACUCAAGAGGAACAGAUGGUCACACUACAACAUGAGGGAUUCAGUCAAUCUGAGAAGCUACAAGAAGAGAUCAAAUUUCUUCAGCACCAACUAGCAGAUAUGGGCAGAUCUCUCACAAAAGCAGAAGAGCAGGUUCAGACUCGGGCAGCAGCGCUUUCCCAGCAGGAGGAAGAGAUUGCUCAUCAGAAGGACCUUGUUUUGGCUUCCGAGGAAGAGGUGAGGAAGAUGAAAGAGGAGAUCCAAGCCAAAGAGGAACUGAUAGAACUGCUUAAUACGGACAAGACUGAGCAGUCAGAUAUGUUACAUCAAGAGAUCCUGACUUUGAAGAAAGACGCUGAGACUUUUAGUUCAUUACUGAGAAAAGCAGAGGAGAAACUGCAGUCCAAAGAGCAUCUGUUGGCUCAACAGCAUGAAGAAAAUAGCCAACAGAAGCAGGCACUCCAAAACCUGCAGGAGAAAGUCAAACAAAUGGAGAUCCUGCAGGAACAGAUGAAAUCACUAGAGGAAGAAAUUCACAACCGAGAAGAGUCCCAGAGGGAGAAAGAGCACCUUCUUGUCACAGCUGAGGAAAAACUUCAGGUCAUCGAGAAAGACUUGUCUGCUGCCAACAUGCUUAUAGCUGAUAGAGACCAAAAUCUGAGUACACUCAGAGAAGAGGUAGCUUCCCAAGUUAACCUGGUUCAAAAGGCAAAAGAGGAAGCUGAAGUCAGUAAGAAACUUCUGGCUGAGAUGAAAGAGGAGAGCUCCAGACAGACAAACUUUGUUCAACAAGAGAUUCGGGAUCUGAAAGUUGAAAUAGAAACCAUGUCUCGAGAACUUCUGGCUAAGGAGCAGAGGCUUCAUGAAACUCGACAGGAGACUUCUCAGCAGAUAAAGAUCCUCCAGGAACAGCUUAUCUCUGUAAAAACAGAGACCCAAGCUGCACAAGAGCUGCAGGUCUUGACUUUAAAGGAAAAAGAAGCUCUUGCCCAGGAGAACGAAGCACUCAUGCCCAGAAUACUUCAGGCAGAAAAGGGUCAGAAAGCCCUCGAACUACAACUUGAAGCCACAGUUGUUGAAAAAGAGCGACUAGCUCAGGCCAUACAGGCAACAGAGAGAGAGAAGCUUGCCUCUCGCAAAUUGGAAUCAGUGCUACACAAAGAGCUGGAAAUAUUAAAACUGGAGAAAGCAAAACUACUGAAAGAGACUGAAAAAGCUAAUGAUAACAAGAAAAUGAAGAGAGAUCUGCAGGAACAGCUCUCGGCUAAAUCAGAGGCAGCAGAACACUACAAAGCACAGAUGGAAAAGGCAGUGAGUUUUUACAACAACAAGAAGCAGCUUCUUCAGGAAAGCCACGAUCAGGUGGCUGAACUCAAGAAUUCCUUGGAGGUUAAAGAGCGAGAAGUUAAGGCUAUCACCAUGGAGAACAAGAUUCUUCUACUAGAUCUGGAGAAGGCUCAAGCCAAUGAGAAGAAACUGAGUAGCACAGUUGCCAGUUUAGAGGCACAGCUGGCCUUUGCUGACCGUAACCUGCGGGCACAGAACAAGAUUCAUGGAAGUGCAACAGAGUCAGGCUACUUUGAGGUUCCCAGUGGAAGCUCAAAUGUUCAUAUGAGAACAGAUGUUAGGAGGGCCAUGAGCUCUGACAGCCUGGACCAAAGCUCUCUGGAAGAUUCUCUGAACACCACAAGGAAACUGUCUGCACCUGAUGAAUCAAGCACACCACUUGUUCGCAGUUCAGAACGCUUAGCAGCCAAGCGUCGAGGACUACAGGCUGAGUCACUGGAAACGCUUUACUUUACACCAAUAAACAACAAGCAGAUCAACAGUAGGACUGAACAUGGAAUGGAACUGGAUUCAUCCCGUAAAAACCCCACUUCAUCAGUGAAACGACGCCGGACCACGCAGGUUAUUAACAUCACCAUGACCAAGAAAACACCAGGUGGCAGCGGUGAAGGAGAUGAGACUUUUUACAGUCUGGCCUCAGCUUGCUCCCAGCCAAUCCUCUCCAGUGCUCACUCUGCCCGGCCUGUGUCUAUGGAGCUGUUUGAAACACCUGCCAGAAUGACUGGCUCAACCAGUGACCAGCUCAUUGGACUACCGGGGUACAGAAGGAGCACAAUCCACUCACAGCCUACCAGUACAUUCUCUGUAGGGGCAGAGAAUGAGCCUGACAGCGGACAGGAUGAUUGGAUGAGGAUUGCUGAGCUGCAGGCAAGGAACAAAGCCUGUCUCCCUCAUUUGAAAAGCAGCUACCCUCUGGAGUUCGAGGCGGGAAAUAGUGGUGCUUUCUAUUUCACAGAUGAAGAACUCCGUACAGGUGACCCCUCUGAAACAAUCCGUCGGGCAUCCAUGAUGCCUGGGCAGCUGCAAGACUCUCUCGCCUCCCAUCGUCUCUCCAUGGUGGGACACACAGGCACUGCAGACAAUACUCGUUCCCACCGUCUGUCUUUGAUGCCAGGGCAGCUGUCAUUAAAAAAUGUCAGCUCUUCUCAGAUCAGAAGCCCGAAAGGCUCGAAGCGGCCUGCAUCGAUGCUGUCUGUUAAUCCAACUUCACCUGAGAAAAAGGUGAAGGCCAGCUGCUUCCCCCGUCCUCUUACUCCGAAAAACAAGAAUGUGGCAACUGGUUCUCAAUUUCAGCCUGCUCUAAGUCCAGCUGACCGGAGACAGUCCAUGAUGUUCACUAUUGACAACACCCCUAAAAACAGCAAUUACCUAAAGAAAGGGCUGAACAAGCUGCGCAGCUCCACUCGAAAAUCACCAGGCAAAAUCUCCAAGAAGUCUCCUGCUCCAACAUCAGCUCGCAAGGGCCAGGAGAACAAACCAUCAGGAUAUUCUCGAGCUGGGGUCGGAGGAGCUGGAAGGCUUGGCUUUAAGUCGCCCCAGGUUUCCACUAAGGGCUCAAGAAAGUCUCCACGAGCAACCAGCUCGACUAAGUCCCCUGGACUGACUUCAAGUGCACGCAAGAAGCAUGUCACUGUAAAUGAAGAUCUUGCUGGAGGUCUUAAAAGAUGAUGAGCAGAAUGAAGAUGUAAGGACCAGUUUGUAACUGGAGUGGUGAUCUUUUAUGGUUCUCCUUUUAUCAAGCUUUUUCCUUUUCAAUCACAGUUCCAUUUUUAUUGUUUAUUGUCGUUUUUUAACAAUCUUUUAUUAAACUUUCUUUUAUUUUUUUUUUGUAUUAUAUUUACAUGUUUGUCAAUAAAAGGAU